UCUUCUCAAAUCUCAAUCACACAGCAGUCCCGAUUCCCGAACGUCUGCUCACAACUCACAAAUCACAACCCUCGUCGGCUCGUCGCCGUCGGCUCACCGCACACACCACAGGUCCACAAGACCCACAACCCUCGUCGGCCGGCUCGUCCUCGUCACAACCCACGAUUCAAUCAAGGAGUAAUCGACCAACACGGCAACAUAGCCAGCACUCAAACUCUCAAACCGUAACACUCAAACCCAGUCGUCUUCUCUUCUUCAUCGAAUUGCAGCAGUGAGCCACAGCCACCGGUCGUCUUCUUCGAGCCUUCGAGAGGAUAAGCAAGUGCAGAUAAUGGGAAAAGCCUCGAGAGAUAAAAGGGAUAUCUACUACCGCAAAGCAAAAGAGGAAGGUUGGCGGGCACGGAGUGCCUUUAAGCUUCUUCAAAUUGAUGAGGAGUUCAACAUCUUCGAAGGAGUCAAGCGUGUGGUAGAUCUAUGUGCUGCACCUGGUAGCUGGAGUCAGGUUUUGAGUCGGAAGUUGUAUCUUCCAGCUAAGCUAUCAUCUGAUUCAAAAAACAACUAUGAAACCACUCUAUUUGAUAGGCUUUUGCUUUUGGCAGAAUUCCGGAGUAAUGGUCUAAGAAGGCAGCCUGUGGCAAUGAUUAAAGAUCGAGAGUUACUCAAGGACAAUGGUGGAGAAUCUAAUAUGUUAGAAGAGAAGAUUCAAAGGUUGCCUGCAAGAGRGGAAGGGUGGGAUAARAAAAUGAAAAGAAAACGUUCAGUAGGCACUGUUUUCACAAGACCUAUGGAUAGCAAUGGAGAGCAAAAAAGGAUUGUUCAAAACAAGGUCAUUAGGCAUUUUGAUGGAUGCAAGGCUGACCUAGUUGUCUGUGAUGGUGCUCCUGAUGUAACUGGACUACAUGACAUGGAUGAAUUUGUUCAAUCACAAUUGAUAUUGGCGGGGUUAACUAUUGUAACUCACAUACUCAAGAAUGGUGGAAAAUUUAUUGCAAAGAUCUUCAGGGGGAAGGACACAAGCCUCCUAUAUUGCCAGUUAAAGCUAUUUUUCACAGAAGUAACUCUUGCAAAACCAAAAAGUAGCCGGAAUUCAAGCAUAGAGGCAUUUGCUGUUUGUGAGAAUUAUUCACCUCCUGAAGGGUUCAACGAGAAAGAUUUACAUCGCCUCCUUGAGAAGGUUGGAAGUCCAUCUGGUGCAGACGACUUAGAUUGCAGUAGUGGAUGGUUAGAAGGUGCAAACAAGGUAUACAUACCGUUUCUGGCUUGUGGAGAUCUUAGCGGUUAUGACUCGGACCGUUCAUACCCGCUUCCUAAAGCCGCUGACGGAAGUUAUAAGAGUUUGGAUCCUGUGCAACCACCUAUAGACCCGCCUUAUAAGAGGGCUUUGGAAAUGAAGAAAGCUUCUAACCAUAAUGGCUUUCAAAAUCAUCAUUAAUUGCACUAAUCAGUUGUUGUUCCUUAGUCACCUUCAUUUUUCUGGUUGGUUGAAAUUGUUCAUCUUUUAGAUGUUGCUCGAAGUUGCGUUAU